UUUACUUGCGGAGCAUGCAGAAGACAACCAUGAUGAAGGUGACUCUUUUGUGGAUGAUGCUUCUGCUUCUUCAUGGAGCGGACGCUAACAAGUCAGAGAUCACGUCUCUCAAGCAGUGGCCGGCGGAGUUAAGCCCGCUUCGUAAAGGCGACUCUUUUACCCUCCAUUGCUGGCUGCUCUUCGACCACGACAAGCUCACGUGUCCAGAGGAGCGUCGCGUCUACUGGCUGAGAUUUGGACCUCGCUCCGGUUUCAUCCAAGCUGAAGGAACGUCGAAAGAAGAUUGCGACGGGACGCAGAAUCCCAAAGGAUGCUUGUCUGCGCUCUUCACGACUAUUAGCGAUGUCUCCGAGGACGCCACCUACUACUGUGCGCUGGCAGCCUGUGGUAACAUCCUGUUUGGAAGUGGAACAAAAGUGGACUUUCAAGAAAGAGAGACCAUAUCCAACGCUCUUUUUCUCAUCUUGCUCAUCUUGGCUUUAAGUUUGUUCAUCAUGGCCUUUCUCAUCAACGUCAUAGUGCAAAAGAACACAGGCUCUGUUUCACCGCAAAGCAAACGCCCGACUCUUCAUCCAACUUUCAACAGAGAGAGAGACGCUCGUCUUAACACCGUUGUGGUUUUUACAACCACGGGAACCGGGACGAGGGAUGCAGAAUGCAGGUGUAGGCGUACCUGAUGUUGUGGCCGGGUGAAUCUCUGUAUUGUUUAUAGAUGGAUCAAGACUGUGCAUAAGAAAAAUGUGUCACAUAUGUCACCGCAUGUCACAUGUCUGUGUUAUUAUACGAUAAAAUGGAAAAUAAAUCUGACCUUUAUUCACUCAUAGCCUGAAGCAAAGGGGGAGAGGCUCCUCCUCUUCUGGCCGGGAGCUUGACUUAAUAUCCACCUCGCUCUGACAUUGCGAAAUCCUGCCAGCAAAGGCCUUAAAAACUGCGGGCAAGCUCAGGCGAAAAUGCAUUUGUAGAAGUUGCCCUCCUGUGGGUUCUCCUGAUCCCAAUAGACCUUCACGGGAGCCCGGUAGUCUGGUUUAAUAAUGUCUUUUAUUGUGCGCACACGCGCCAGGACAUCACACUGUUCUGCGACUUUUCAGUCUUUCUGCUCUCUGUCUUGCGGCCUCUCUCUCUCUCGCUCCAACUCCCAACAACCGUGUCUCGGCCCGGCUGCUGCUAAUAAGCAUGGCAGGUGAUUGGAUGAUCAGCCCCAGCUGGGUAAUCCAACCCCUCCACAGCAUUGUUUAACAUCAGUAUCAAACUUUGUAGUGUAUAAGUCAAUGUAUGAGUCAGAAAUCAUUAAAUUCACCAUAGUUCCCCUCUAGCUAAAUACAAAACCCAAAACCAGUGAAGUUGGCACAUUGUGGAAAUGGUAAAUAAAAACAAAAUACAAUGAUUAGCAAAUACUUUUCAACUUAUAUUCAAUUGAAUAGACUGCAAAGACAAGAUACUUAACAUUCGAACUGGAAAACUGUGCUAUUUUUUUUCCUAAUAUUAGCUCAUUUUGAAUUUGAUGCCUGCAACAUGUUUCAAAAAAGCUGGCACAAGUGGCAAAAAAGACUGAGAACGUUGAGGAAUGCUCAUCAAACACUUAUUUUGAACAUCCCACAGGUGAACAGGCUAAUUGGGAACAGGUGGGUGCCAUGAUUGGGUAUAAAAGCAGCUUCCGUGAAAUGCUCAAUCAUUCACAAACACGGAUGGGGCGAGGGUCACCAUCCAAAAAAGAAAAAUACAAAUAAAAUCCCCUGAAGAGCAGAGAAACCUGUGAAACAGCAACUUUUGUUCUGGAAAUUAGUGAUCUAUAGAAAAGUGACAUGGCUUCUUGAAAGUGAACAGAUCUAACAUGACCUUUUUAAAUGCAACAUCUCUUCAUAUCACAGGUGAGAAUGUCCACAGUAGGUAUACUUAAUCUAUGUAUGUCAAAGUAUUACCUUCAUUUUCCUGGU